AUGGUUACAGUGUCGACGUUUCCGAGCCGAACCUUCACCCGGGUGGCCCUGCUGCUGAGUCUGCUGUGCCGUGAGGGACUGGGCCGGGAUCCACCUACCGUGGCCAUCCCCGACCAGGGCACGGUGAUGGGCAUGUACAUGAAGAUGUUCCGGACGCAGCGGGUCGUUGCGUACCUGGGCAUCCCGUACGCUCAGGCACCGGUCAACGAGAAGCGCUUCACGCCGCCGGUAGUGGACAAUCUGCCCAGCUGGGAAGGGGUGAAAAAUGCCACCAGUAUGGCACCUCACUGUUGGCACAUGCCGCGCGACACCCAUCGGCGGCACAACCAGCUGUUUAUGGAGCUGAUCCGUUCCGGCGACGACGGCGGUGGUGAUGGCGGUGGUGGCGAGAAACAGUACGAUGAGGACUGCUUGUUCCUGAACAUCUACAUACCGGAUUCAACCAUGCCAACGGACGGUUACUCGGUGCUGGUAACCUUUCCCACGGGUGACUUUGAUGGUGACACACCCUUCACGUUAAAUCCCUUCCAGAUGGUGUUCAAGCAGAAGAUCAUCGUUGUGACGGUGGCCUACCGGUUGGGCAUCUUCGGGUUCUUCACCAGCAUGGACGGGGAGGCACCGGGAAAUUUCGGUCUGAUGGACCAGUCGGCCGCGCUACUCUGGAUCAAGCGCAACAUCCGGCUGUUCAAUGGGAAUGAAGGUUCGGUCACGAUCAUGGGCCACGGGACAGGCGCCGUUUGCGUGGGGUUGCACCUCAUGUCCGGCGACUGGACGGACGACAUGUUCCACAAGGCUAUCCUGAUGUCCGGCAGUCUGCUGCUCGACUCGAGCGUUCGCAGCGCCAAGCAAUAUGCAUCUUCUUUGGACGAGCUGGCGACCGCCUUCGGGUGCUUCCGUCGGCCGACCACAAAGCUGAUGGAUUGUUUGCGCCGAGUCGAUGCGCAGAUCCUUGCCGAGAACUCACCUCCAAUCGACUGGGGCCCGGUCAUUGACCGGGGGCUGAGCAACACGACCACACCCUUCAUCUCGGACCACCCGAACAUGCUGGUACACCAGGGCAAACUGCGCCGGGUGCCACUAUUGAUAGGUCACACCGACAUGGAGGAAGUCCUGGAACUGACGAUGGGUGACAUGAUCGAGCACGGGCUGGGCUCGGAAAUGUUCGAAACACUUCUGGGUGACGUCGUCAUGGGUGAUCUCGCCGAAAUGGACUUCAACGAAACGCUGUGCGGUGGCAACAUGGACAUCGUGAUGGAAGCUGUUCAGUAUCAGUACAAACCAUACCCUCCGACUACCGAUCCUGUCACGCUUCGCCGGAAAUACAUCGAGUUUGCGACCGAGCGCAAAUACGUCGCACCGACGAUCGAGCUGGCGAUGCACAUGAGUCAACAGGCGGAUACGUUCGUGUAUCGCUUCGACAUCAAACCACGGACGGCGGCCGCCCUGAAGGAUGUGCCCGAGUGGGUAGGCGUGCCGCACAACUUCGAGCUGAUCUUCCUGUGGGGACUGCCGUACUGGUUAGCGCUCGCCGACCAAAUGCAGUGGGACAGUGCGGACAAGAGGGUAGCCGACAUCGUGAUGACACUGUGGGCGAACUUUGCCAAGUUCACUAAUCCGACCCAGGUUGGAGUGUACAUUCGUUGGGAAAAGUUCACCGUCACCGAGCCGGGCGUGCUGAUCAUCGAUCGUUCGUUCAACAUGAGCGACCACACCACCAUGAGCUUUGAUGCGGUGAAGUUCUGGAAUCACUACUAUCCGAGCGUCAUCGACUUUGCCGCCCAGUGCUGUAACGCGACGUACAACGGGGGUAAUCGGGCUGCUCCACUGAGCGCCGGUAGCCUGCUGGGCAGCUGGGUGCUGGUCACCAUUAUCCUGUUACAAUCAUUCGUUCACCUGCACGCAACACACUUUGCCUCGCCAACGUAG